GAAAGCCAUGACGUCGGCACUGUAUUUGGAGCAUUAUCUCGACGGGUUAGAAAAUCUACCCAACGAGUUGAAACGAAAUUUUACGCUGAUGCGCGAUCUCGACUCGCGGGCCCAAAUGCUGAUGAAAUCGAUCGACGAAAAGGCGGACGAGUACUUGAAAUCGUUGGUCAACUCGAAGGAAAACCUUUCCGACGAUAUGAAAAAGGAAAAGCUACAAGCGAUUCAGGAACUGUUCAACAAGGCGAAGGAGUACGGCGACGAUAAAGUGCAGCUGGCGAUCCAAACGUACGAGCUGGUGGACAAACACAUACGCCGUUUGGAUUCGGAUCUGGCCAGGUUUGAGGGUGAAAUUCAGGACAAAACAGUGAAUGCGCGUGAAAAGUCGGAGGAGAAUAUAACCAAGAAGGGCCGUAAAAAGGUAAAGGAUAGCAAGAGCACGGUGAAAAAGAAGCGUAUACAUUCCUCGGAAGAUGAAGCAAAGCCAACGGGCAAUGGUGGUGUGGCCAACAGUGGAGCAACCAGCGGUGCCGCCAACUCGAACGGAAAGGGCAAAAACACGAAGAAGCAGAAGGUAAAUCAAGAAAAAGAAGGUCGCAAAGGGCAAAAUAAGAAAGGAGCCGAAAAUGAUGAUACAACACAGGAUGGCGGGCAUGCAAAUCCACAUCCGAGCGACGUACUCGACAUGCCCGUCGAUCCGAAUGAACCCACCUACUGUCUGUGCCACCAGGUAUCAUACGGUGAAAUGAUCGGUUGCGAUAACCCAGAUUGUCCUAUCGAAUGGUUCCAUUUUGCGUGCGUCGGAUUGACGACCAAACCGAAAGGCAAGUGGUUCUGCCCGAAAUGCUCACAGGACAGGAAAAAGAAAUAA